AUGGUACAUAGAUUAAGCUUGGCAGAUGCAAUCUUUUUUGAAACAGCAAAAGAUUAUUUUUUAGAGACUUUUCGGGAAUAUAAAGCUACAAAAAAUGAACGUUUUAGUCCUUCUCAAUAUGGAAUAUAUAAGCAGCAAUUACAAAAACUUGCAGGUUUAGAAGAACUCCAGUAUAAAUGCUACAAAGAAAAAGCUCAAACUGCAUUAAAUGUCUUUGAGCCUGAUCAAAGAUCACUCAAUGAUACUGUUAAUACCAUAACUGAAAUUUUGCGAAAUGCAAGACCUAAUCUAAGACAAAUCAAUGACACUGUUAACAUCAUGCCUCUCAAAGAUCAUGACCUUCAAAAACUCAUUGACGUGAUUAAUAAUAAUAUUCGUAAUGCUACACAUGGUAAAGAUAUCUCAAAGGAACACUAUCAAUUUCUAGUUUGUGGAGGAACAGCUGGUAUCGGCAAGACACGACUAGGGCUGGAAGUUUUUAACAUUUUGCAACAUCACUGGACACUGCCAACUGAAUGGUCAAGCAAUGGUUCAGUUCAUACCAAGUACUUGCGUCUCGACUUUGGAAAUGAUGUGAUAUUAGAUGUUUAUGAUUAUGAUAUAUCUGCAUCGAUAAUUAUUGGUAUACGUAUGGCCUAUGAAUUUUUCAUUAAAGGAAAAUAUGAUAUUCAGUUUCGUGAGUUUCGCCAUGAGGCUCUCAAGAAUAAGGACAAUUUUAACAUUGAUUUUGUAAUCACUGCUAUCAGAAGUUCUCUAUGCCUUGAAACAGGUCAGCGUCUUUUUUUGUUUAUCCAUAUUGAUGAAUUUCAAAAAAUUAUCAAUUUUGACGGUUGGAAUGCAGAUACAGAGAAACCAUCAAAAGGACUAUUCAGAUGUAUGAUGUAUGAACUUGGGCGUUAUAUGACAUAUCAGAGUCCACAGUGUAUCUUUGUACAAACAUUUCUUUCUGGGACGGAACCACACAGUAUAAUACGAGCAAAUGAACCCACAUCGUACUCUUGGUAUUUUGCCGAAUGUCCAUUGUUGUCAAUGGCUGCACGUAUUCAGAUUAUGGAACAUUUUGUGGUACAUUACGACUCUUCUAAUGAUUGGAAAUUGAAAAUGUGGAUUCACCAAUUGUUGUCGGAUACUGGUGGCCUUCCACGUGCUCUGGAAUACUUAUUAGAACAUUUUUUUGGUGUAAAUUAUGAUUGGAUACAAUGGUUUUUAGAUGAAAUUGACAAACAUAACCCAAACAACUUUUUUAAUGGAAUUGCAUUUGAUCUCAACAAACGCCUUACUUGGGCACUUAUACAUUAUUGUAUUGGGUUGAUCCCGGUAAUGAAAACAGAUAUUCUUUCACAAGAGUAUCCUGGCGAAACAUUCGAAGUAUUGGAGUGCGAUAGACAUCUUGUUCUUAAGUAUCGUGGUGAAAAUAAAUAUGUGGUUCAAAUGCCACUUAUAUUUCUCUAUCUAUAUAAUCAAGUUCUUCACAUGGCUACAAACAUUCUAGAUGGUAUUUUUACUCCUCAUUUUAUGUUACAGUGGCAAGAUUGGGAAUGUUUUGUAGCAGAAUUUGAAGCAUUUCACAACAAUGUUCUAAUUGAAUUGGGUAAAGAAGUGCAAUCACUCCGAGAAAUUUAUCGUGGUGCUUAUGGUCAUAAGAAUACCUUAGAAUUACGUAUUAAACUUCGUCCUCUUACUGUUCGCCGUAUAAGAGAACAAUUUCCCUGUCUUAAACUUAGUGAUUCUAUAGAUUUUAAUGAAGUAGACUGGAAAUCUAAUAGUAUAAUUAUUAAUGGUUGGGCAGCACCAUUUGCGGACUGUUUUCGAUGUGAAAUUACUGAUGACGAGCAUUUUCUGUUCAUUUGCUCCCAACAAAAAUGGAAAACAAAUACUAUUUGUAUUGAAGAUAUCCUAGCUGAACAUGAAAAAAAUAUUAAGGCAUUUGGAAAAGCGCAGGAGCCACUUAGAUCUGAAUUUAAAAAGUAUAGGCUCAUUACUGUGGUCUUCACUAACCAGCCUUUUUCUGGGAAUUUCGCAAACAUUCCCUUAAAUUGCUUACUAAUCUGUCAGCAAAAUUUCCAAGAUUACUUUGGCCAUGUCUUUGCUUCCCGUGCUGCAUUUGCAAUUACAAGGGAUAGCAACCCAAAUUUCAUUAAUCCUGAUCGUUUAUGUGCAACACUUAAAAUUCCUAAGAAACUUUCUGGUGAAAUUAGUCGAAAAAGGCCUUUUCGAUCACGAAAUGAAAUAAUUGAAAAGAUUCCUGAAAUGCAGAGCCAUCUGGAUGCUGUAAAGAUGAUGUCAUUUUUUCCUUAUGGUGAUGAUGUGAGAGCUUUAGAUUCACCAGCGAAGAAGCAGCAUACUGAACUUUACUAUAAUAUUGAAUGUCAACGUAUGUGUCAUACUAAUUUAAAUGAUACAGAUAAGGAAAAUUUGUGGUUGCAAUGA